AAAACAUUGCUAAAAAAAACUAGUUGUCGUAGUAAAAGGUAGGCAGCUGUUGGGUCCGAAGAUGCCUCAUUAGAAGUAUAACAACCGCUUUUGUGAAGAGGCUUCCUGUUGGUACUGCGACAUCAACGGUCUUCGAUAUGGUUGUUCCCGGUCGGACCGCUGCUGGGAGCGGGCGACCGGGAGACGGGGCGAAACCGGAGAAGAUGGCAGAUGAGGAGGAUACGGGGCAGGAGACAGCUGCUGUCUCUCCCCCAGCGAGUCCUCCGAAAACCCGGCCUUACUUCGCCUCCUUCUCCGAGAGCGUCCAGCCAGCAGUCGGCAUGAUGAGCCAACUACUUUCCCAGCCGUCGUCCCUUAAAUUCGACAAGAACAUCAAGCAGGCCUUCUACAACACGGGGGCUAUGAUCUUCGUGGCUAGCUGUUGCGGAGCCACUGUCCUAGUUUACUUUAUUCUGGAAGCCUUCCUCCGGCCGUUGCUGUGGGCCGUGCUGUGCGGCACCUUCCUCCACCCCUUCAAGCACUCCCUGGCCCGCCUGGGCCGGUCGUGGCUGAGCGGCCUCCAGGAUACUGGGACGCCCAUCGUGGUCGGGACGCUGCUGGUCCCCGUGUGGUGUGUCAACCGUGGGAUCGAUGCUCUGGGGAAACUGGUACUGGAGCGGCUCACUGUGCUGCUGGUGAUCGGGGCAGGGGCCCCGCUGAUCUACUUCUUCUACCUGUUCUGGAGAGUCAUCGGCAUGGAGGUGAUCAUCGGGCACGUUUGCACAGUAAUCGGGAGCGCGCUGGACUGCUUCCACUCCGUAUGGGUGUGCACGGUGGUGGGGGGUUACAUGUUGGCGGUAGCCUUCAAGUGGAGCCCUAGCACGGAGCGCUACCUGCGGGCCGUGUCUGUACCUGUCUGGGCUGUCCUCCUCUUCUACCUCGUGUCUCUCACCGGCUCGUGGAGAGUCCCCAUAUUUGUGGUCGUAGUCAUACUGCUGGCUGUGGGUUCGCAGGAGAAGCCACCAGCCCCUGGCAAAGGAGAGUUGUCCGGGCAGGUGUUGUCGUUCGCUGCCAACACCAUCUACAUGGCCAUCUCCUGCUCCAACCUCCGCAUGAAGCCCCAGACGGGGGACCCAGCCACAGACUCUGGUGUGGACUCGUUGGGCCCAGGUCCUAUUCACAGUACCCCCGGGUUUCCCAGUGCCUCCCGCUCGGUCCCCAGCUCCCUCUUCCCCAAGGUGAAGCGCUCCCAGAGAGCCAGCGAUAUCUACUUUGUGCUGCUGGUCUGGGCUUUCGUGCUGGUCCAGGUCUGGCUCAACCUGUGGAUCCUGCAGCUCCUUCCCAUCCCUGUGGCUGUUUGGGUGAUAAAGAAGCUGGUGCUUCGCUUUGGCCUGAAGGGCUUUGCAGAGCGCAGGCUGGCUUCCUGGUGGGCGGUGCUUGAGCAGUUUGCGCGUGAGCGACAGGAGGCCCUUCUGCCUGGACCAAUCAAAGGGCUGGCUCAGUUCCUGCUCCGCAGUGACACCAAGCUGUGGCAAUGGCUUAACGAGAAGAUGAUCGUAUGGUUGGAACGUUCCCUGGAUAAAAUCAUCAGCAUCUUCAUCAUCUUCCUACUGGUGACAGGGACCCUGCUGAUGGCUCUGCUCCUCACUGCCAUGGUCCACCACGAGAGCGCGCACAUCAUCGACGUCACCAGCAACCUGAUCAACGAGACGGUAUCCAACCACCCCGAGUGGGCCAACUGGCUGCCGGAGGCCUGCGUGGUGCAGAAGGUCCUGAACUCAGCAGCCACCAACGUCUACCAGCACGGGAGGGAGUGGAUCACGCAGAAGCUUCAUAAGAUGCUGGGAGACAAGGUGAACCACACAGACGUCAUCGAGAAGCAGGUCCUGGAGCUCUGGGACAGACUGUACCAUUCCUGGUUUGUUAAGAACGUGACCCAGUCGGGCCGGCCGCGCGGCCACAAGGUGUCUGCCCAGAGGCAAAACAGCUGGCUGGGGACGGACAUCCUAGACUGGAAGGACGUGGCCUCCUUCGCACAGGAGAACAUCGAGACCCUGCUGUCGAUCCUGGAGUCCUUGUGGGUGGUGAUGAGUCGCAACGUGGGCCUUCUCAUCUCCACGACCACCACGCUGCUGACCGUUCUGUUCCACAGCGGCACGGCACUACUCAACUUUGUGCUGAGUCUGGUGAUCUUCCUCACCACCCUGUUCUACUUGCUGAGCUCCAGCGGGGAGUACUACAAGCCCGUCAAGUGGAUCAUCAACCUCACGCCCCUGUCCCAGCCCGGGCCAUCCUCAAACAUCAUCGGCCAGUCGGUGGAGGAGGCCAUCAGAGGUGUGUUUGACGCCUCUCUGAAAAUGGCUGCCUUCUACGGCCUCUACACCUGGCUGACGCACACUAUAUUCGGCAUCAACAUCGUCUUCAUCCCGUCUGCUCUGGCUGCCAUCCUGGGUGCGGUGCCCUUCCUGGGGACCUACUGGGCGGCGCUGCCGGCCGUGUGUGACCUGUGGCUGGCCCAGGGGGAGGGCGUGAAGGCCCUGCUGCUGCUCGUCUGCCACCUGCUGCCCACCUACUUUGUGGACACGGCCAUCUACUCGGACAUCUCAGGGGGCGGGCACCCCUACCUGACUGGCCUGGCGGUGGCCGGCGGGGCCUACUACCUGGGCCUGGAGGGCGCCAUCAUCGGGCCCAUCCUGCUGUGCAUCCUGGUGGUGGCGGCAAACAUCUACAGCGCUAUGCUGACCAGCCCCAGCUCCACCCUGCCCACUCCCGUGCAGCCCUCCUGGCCGCUCGGGCCUGGCAGGGUGUUCCUAGACACGACUCCCACCGUUCCGAAGAAGGCCCGUGAGUAAGGCAGUGGUCGCAGUCUUCUAGUCUUCACCCUUCAGGGGUUGCCCUCACUGAGUCGUCUGCGGAGCGUUCGCUAAUCCAUGACGGCAACUUCUCUGGCCAGAGGACACACGUGAUGAAAACAAGAUUCUAGAGGGCAGGCCGGCCUUUGGAGACCAUUUACUACAAGCUUGCUAUUUUUAAUAGUGGAAUAAUCCAAUUCUCGGAGAACACAGUGCCUAUGUUAAUGUUCUUAUUCUGACAAAUGGCCAAAUGCUAUGAGAAAAUGUUUGGCCAUAAUUUGAUUGGGAAUGCCAAAUUAAUUAGAGAUAAUUUGAUGAUCAAAAUCUAGUGUGAGGAGGCUGCUUUGCGUGGUCUGGUCGGCGCUGCCCUUACCUCGUUCUCUUGGCGUCCAGCUGGAUCAAGCAGGAUUUAUAUUACAAGUUGUUUGGCUCGAACUCUUCCUCCUGAAGCAAUGUUUAUAUAUAUUUAUAGAGAAUAAGUCAUUUUUUCCACAUACCCCCUGGACCAGGGUCUUGGUACCCUUUUGUUUAUAUUUCUGUUUUAAUGUCCGUACUGCUGACCCUAUUUAACAAUAAUAGUUUAUAUCUGCUACUUUUGCUGUACAUGACGCAAGUAGCCACAGCGAUAUUUGUCUUGAUUGGGUGACUUUUUACAAAGGUAGAAAAUAAUAAGUUCUGUAAUAUUUCAGGAGGAUUUAUUUUGCUGCCUGAUUUUCUUUUGUCUUGACGUGUUUGUAUACAACAGACACACAAAGGUAUCCAUACACACACACACAAACUAGCUCAGCAAUGGCUCGGUCUGUUUCAACACGUAGCGUUGUGUUGCGAAGACUACAGCUUGGCUGACUCCUUCUACAAGCACUUUUCUGCCUAAUUUCUAUCAGUCUACCCAUGAGGAAAAGGCCCAUGUCAUGGUUAUAUUAAGAAUUAGGACGGGUGAAUUAUAAAUCUGAUGCCAGACACUAAUGUGUAUACCAUCUUCCAGUAUUUUUAAGAAAAAAAACAAAUUCACUUUACUGGGAGUUAACACCAACACAGUUGAAUAUGAUGUUUUAUUUUUUUUUGACUGAAUAUUAAGGAACUGUUUACAUCAUUUGGAGCUUUAAUGAAUAACUUGUGAUUCAUUAGUAUGUGAUGCACAUAUUCUCAUGAAUGCCUACUGUGUUGGCUUCCCACUCUCACUCACACUGGGACUCGUCUCGGUACGGUCGUUGGGCGACUCGUUCCACUGGUUCACUAAUGUAAUGUUAAUGUGCGGUAGAAGAUUUCUGUGAUGUUUUUAUACGUGCACAGAUCUAAUAAACAUUACCAUUUUACCAA